GGUGAGUCUCGCGGCCGCUUGCGUGGGUUCGUCGUGGUUGGGGGGGCGCGCCCAAAAUACGGCCGAUGGCCUGUAUUUGGGUGACACAAAAGCGGGGGGAGGGGCCCUUGAAACAAAAAGGAACCAAUCAAACUGGGCCGUCGAGCUCCGAGCAGUAGACCACUACGGCAUCUGCGUCGUCGAUGGCAAGUGUCGGCUUCUUCGUCGACUGCUCGCACACGACGCUGUUCGUGUCGACUUAUGCACGCGGCAACGAGAACGGCGGCGUCAAGAGAUUACAGGAUUUCCCGCACGAAUGCCACGUCACAAAGGCGUUGAGCGUCAAAGUUGAGCUGGCCUCGCCCAUGCGAUCGUCGCACUUGGCUGUCUUUGCGCAGUUUGAGCUGGCCGACGACCCUUCGACGCUCAGCCUCGGCCAGCACUUGCGCAUUGACGAGCUGGACGCAGACGUUCGCAGUCGCCAGGACCCACUGCGCGCGUGGAUCAAGGGCCGGGCCGACGAUACGACGGGCGAGCCGUCCAGCGUGCAAGUGUUUCACUUGAACGAAGGCAACCAGGCCGGGUGGCACUACUCGUGGAAGAGCGGGCGUGGUCAAGCAGUGCGGGAAACCAAACACUGUCUUCGGGCGUACGUGAUGGCAUGCGUCGACGCCCAAGUUUGCCGCGUGCUGCUGGUUGCCUCGACACCGGCGUUCACGAUCGAGUCGUCGCGGCGCAAGGCCGAGCCGCUCGGCCCCGACGUGCUCGUGACGUUCUCCAAGCUCUUCGCCCCCGAGUCCAGCAUUCGCGUCAAGGCCAUGCAGCUCCAGACGCUCUACGACUUUCUCUCGUCUUUGGUGCUACCGCACCUCGUGUUCGUGCAGCCGCAGAUCCAAAAGCAGCUCCACGAGCUCAUCUACAAGCCUCCCCGCGCCGCGUCCAAGCGCAAGCGCGCGAUCACGGGCGACGCCAGCGUCUUCGCCGCGCUCUGGAGUGCGUCGGCGCCGGCUGCGGUCGCUCCAACCGCCAAGGCGCGGGUUGAAGUUGGCGUCAACCUUCUCUACGACAUUGUCCGCCACCUCCCGUUCAUGCACAAGCUCAUCUUCCAGCGCGACGGCCCGUGGCGGCUCGGAGCGACACCCGAGCUCUACAACUGCUGGGUCGAAAACACGGCGAGAGCCAUGGACGCCCUCCUCGCAAAGCCCGGCUUGACGCUCGCCGGUUUCUGCGCCAAGCUCGACACGCCGCUCUCAGAGCCUGUGUCUUUGGAUCAGUUCCUGCGACUCCUGCCCACGCUUCAUCCGACCGAUUAUGUCGACCCGCCGAGCCUGCCCCACCAAGGCGCGUUCACGGCGUCCUGGACCCUCGAUCCGGCGCGUCUCGAGCUCCGUACCGUGGGCGCACUGCCGUCGCUCUCGCUGAUUACGGUGCUGCGCACCAUUUCCAUGCUGUCGGGCUUUUCGCUCAGCCUCGUGCAGUCAACGCUUCAUAUGCGGUCGUACGCCGAGUGGCUUCCGACGGCGUGGACCACCUACGUCCUGGACGGCCGACUGCAUCCGUGCGAUGCUGUUCUCCCCAAUGGUGAGCCUAUGAGCAUGAUUGCUCUCGACCGCUACGUCGGCUGGCACAAGGACACGAAGUUACGCGUCGACCUCUUUGGCCCGAGCCUGCGUCUCUCUGUGCGCUGCGCUCUCACCAAGGAGACCGAGAUGGACAUGGACGUGAUCGUGUGGGCGACACCGAGCGGUGACGAUGGCACCGCCGACCUGCCCGACGACGUCCUCGACGCACGCUGCGGCCGGCUCCUCCACGCAACUGGCGGCUUUGCAGCCGAAGGCUAGGUACUGGCUGAGCGAAUUCGCCAAUGCAGCGCCCAAUGAAAUGCGGUCAGUGUAACGAAUAAGCGUGACAAGUUGCCA